AUGCCUCAGACUACGCUAGACGAUUGGGCGCAGGAUACAGUGAAUCCCGAGGUUCGCGCUCACGUCUCUAGUUUAAUUUCCGCCCUCGGUGGUAUCGGCGACGAUGGCACCUACUCUCUCGGACAUGAUGCUCUACUAUGCCUGAAGGAUCUGCGCAAAUGGCUGAAGUUCGCCGACCAGCAGAACAACCGGCGCGAUGUCGCACGUUGCAUGGCGGAGGCAAACCUCGUCAAAGGCGAUCUUUUGGAAAUUCUGGCAAAGAUAGCACCGGCAGCAAUGGAGAGUGCAUGGAAACAUAAAAUUGCUGUUGCAACCUUGGAACUGCUUGUGCCUCUUACAUGGCCUUUCGAAAUCGACCCCACCGAAGCGACUGUCAAUCACCACCGACAUGGACCCUACAUUCAGCUCGCACAAAUCGGCUACAAGCGCGCGAUUCUGCAGUUCGAUCGAGAUAGAAUUCUCCAGACGGCUGUCAAGAUUGCGCUCCCCUCCAUGGCAGUGCCCCUCCGAGAAAGAUCGCCGCGCGACGAAGGCAUAAUCCGAAUCGCUCUAUACUUCAUACGCAACAUUGCAAUGCUCUCUCCCCCGAACAGUGCACCCAUGGAUAUCGACGAAGCAGAGGUGUCCCGAUCCGCAACGAUUGAUGCCUUCCAAGAGCAGGACAUAUUCCAGGUUCUUCUGAGCAUUGCAUCUAGCAUUGGGGAGGAUUUUGUUAGUCAGGAUGUCAUUGUUCUUGAGAUUUUAUUCUUUCUGCUCAAGGGCAUUGACGCUGAGAAGUUGUUCAUGGAAGACAAGAAGCUCAACACGAAGAAUGCGGAUGAACUGAAGAGCCUGAUACAAAAAGAGAAGGCUAUGCUAGCAGGCCAUGCUCGUAAUGCGCCGACGCGGCACAAUCGAUUCGGUACCAUGAUCUGGGUCAAGCGGGAUGACGAAAAGGUCACAACUAUAUCUGGUCAGGAUGUGCUGGGUAAGGCUCAGGCCAGUAUGGAAAAGAUGGACGCGACAAAGAAGUGGAAUAAGCCCAGGCGACCUGGACGCAAGCAAGAUGGCAAUGAGGAAAGAGAAGAGUUUGACCUGCCCGUAUCACUGAGUACCUCAGCACGAAAGCAUAUCAAGGCCUUUGUUGAGGAAUUUCUUGACUCAUCGUUCAAUCCACUUUUCCUCCAUCUUCGCAAAGCGAUCGAACGCGAAACCGAACGUGUGGAGACACGGCAUUCCAGGCAAUUUUUCUACCUUGUAUCAUGGUUCCUAAAAGCAGAGUGUGCACGACGGCGGACAAUGAAGGAGAGGGCCGCAGAUCCGAAAAGCCCUGAAGUUCUCUCCGCGGAGGACGAAAGCUACGGACUGGUAGCUGAAGUGAUGAAUCAGGAGACGUUUAUCUUGCUCAAUCGCUUCAUGCAAACAAGUCAAGAUGAGAAGGCGUGGCGAGAUCUCAACGCUGGAUUGAAGUGUUUUACGCAAAUCCUACUCACUGUACAUGAAAUGUCCGAGUCGGUACUCGAGGACGACCAAGAAAUUGCAGAAAACAUCCAGAAUCGUAUAUUUUACGAAGAGUCGACACACGAUCGCAUAGUAACGAUCCUGCGAUCAUACAAGGAUCAAGGUUUCGGUUAUCUGGAUGCAGUCACGGAGCUCUCACACGUCUUUUUGCGGAUGCUAGAGCGCUAUGCCAAGCAAAACGUCGAUAUGCAGAUUCGAUCGAAGCGAAGGGCACGAAACAUCAAGAAGAAGAAGGCAGAUAAACAGGGCGAGGAGGGAGAGGAAGAGGGUCAUGUCUCCGAGACGGAAGACAUCCAACAAGCUCAGAAGACCGUCUCGGAGCGCAAGUUCGACUUCACGAGAUUCUCAGCCAAGUUUGUGAACCAGAGCAGUGUUGACACAUUCGUGGCCUUUGCAAAGUACUUCAAUGACCUCAACACAGAACAACUGAAACGAGCUCACCGCUUCUUCCAUCGUGUCGCUUUCAAGAUGGAGUUGGGUGUUUUGUUGUGCCGAGUCGAUAUCUUGCAGUUGUUCAACAAAAUGAUAAAGGGCCCAGGAGGUCUUGACCCCGAGUCUCCUGCCUAUAGGGAGUGGGACGACUUCGUGAGGCACUUCUUCAGACACGUGGUCAAGCGAGUACAGGAAAGACCGGAGCUGGUGGUGGAGAUGCUGUUCAGCAAGAUCCCAGCGACGAUUUUCUUUCUUGAGCACGGAUACGACCGCGAGGUCACUGUCAAAGCACCACGAGCGCCCGCGGAGCUGGAAGUUAAGCCUGGCAUAGAAUUGCCCGAACAGAUUGGUGUUGCUGUCAGUGUGCUUGUGAACCAAUCAAAGUCCGAUGCUAUCCGAUGGGUACGGGAAGUUCUCACCUCAGCAGCCGAAGAGCGUAAAGCAUGGGAAGAAGCAGGGGAGGCACAGAAGAUGUUGACUGCAGAUGUACAACCUCCCGAGGGCGAAAUGACAGCUGAAAACACAGAGGCCGAGACAACCAAGCCUCCCUCAAUCCUAAUCAAGCACGACACCGAAGAACGGCGUAUAGCUAUGUUCAAAGACAACAAACUACGACUACUCAUGACCCUAGUGGGUUUCGAAAGGCUGGGAGAACAUCACGACCCAGACGCUACAUGGAUCGUUCCAUCAUCCCUCACAUCUGCACAAUUGCAAGAGGCUAUUGAUCUCAUUCGCAAGUUUGAAUUCGACCCGCCAACGUACGAGGAUGGCAAAGCACCGGAAGAUAUGCUUCGCAGCAAGACAACAGUGGCGCAACCCUCGACUCGUCGUGCAGAAUUUGACGAUGAUUCCGAUGGCAUAGAUCAUCAGUCAGAGGAGGACCAUGGAGAAUAUGCACAAGGUGGGGCUACCACACGGGAGGCGGAUGGUCCCCGGAAGAAACUGAAGCGCCGUCGCCGGGAACGGACACCGCGCGAGCUCGAUGAUGAUGAGAAGGAGCGUAGGGCUGAGGCUCGCCGCAAGAAAGAACUCGAAAAGCAAGCCGCAGCUCUAAGUACUACAUAUGUGCACGACUCCGAUGAUGAGGAUUGGGAUGCUGAAAAGGACGCUGCCUUCUUCGCACGAGAGGAGGCGCUCCGGCAAGAGAACCUCAAGGCUUACAAGAAGUCACACAUACUUGGAACAGUGGAGCCUAUUGCUUCAAAGAAAAGGAAAGCCGAUGCUCCAGCAAAGAAGACCAAGAGACGGAAGGCACCAUUUGAUGACAGUGACGAAGACAUGGGAGAUGCUGAGAGCAGUAGGGCUCAGUCCGAGGCUGCUGGUGACAUUCUAGAUGAUGACGACGAAAAUGAGGAAGAGACCACAGACACGCCGCUUUCGUCACAGAACGCUGUCGCUGCAGCAGUUAGUGAAGCCAGUACACCAAGGAAACUGUCGGAAAACGCAUCCAAGACCACAGAUGUUGCCAUGGUGAAUGCGGAUACGGACGAUGAUGAAGAGGAUGAAAUGCCUGUUGCUCGAAGGCCAGCGGCGCGGAAUAUGAGAGCAGGAUUUGUUAUUGAUAGCGAUUCGGAGUAG